AGUUCCCCGGGCGGUGGGGACGGCGCACGCACCCCGAAUCACUUGUCAGCGCUAGUCGGAGGCGGAGGCAGCGCCGCGCCGCGCCGCAGUGGAGUUUCUUUCGUUUUCUGAGAUUGGACUUUGAGCUAUCAGAGCCAUGAGCAACUACAGUGUGUCCUUGGUUGGCCCAGCUCCUUGGGGUUUCCGGCUGCAAGGUGGCAAGGAUUUCAACAUGCCUCUGACAAUCUCUAGUCUCAAAGAUGGCGGCAAAGCAUCCCAGGCAAAUGUAAGAAUAGGCGAUGUGGUUCUCAGCAUUGAUGGAAUAAGUGCACAUGGAAUGACUCAUCUUGAAGCCCAGAACAAGAUUAAGGGUUGUACAGGCUCUUUGAACAUGACUCUGCAAAGGGCAUCUGCUACACCCAAGCCUGAGCCAGUUGCCGUGCAGAAGGGAGAACCUAAAGAAGUAGUUAAACCUGUGCCCAUUACAUCUCCUGCUGUGUCCAAAGUCACUUCCACAACCAACAUGGCCUACAAUAAGGCACCACGACCCUUUGGUUCUGUGUCUUCACCAAAAGUCACAUCCAUCCCAUCACCAUCGUCUGCCUUCACCCCAGCCCAUGCGACCACUUCAUCACAUGCUUCCCCUCCACCCGUGGCUGCUGUCACUCCUCCCUCAUUUGCUGCAUCCGGACUGCAUGCUAAUGCCAGUCUUAGUGCUGACCAGCGUUCAUCUGCACUGAGCGCUGGUAAACCUGCAGUUAAUGUCCCACGGCAGCCCACAGUCACCACCGCGUGUUCCGAGACUGCUCAGGAGCUAGCAGAGGGGCAGAGAAGAGGAUCCCAGGGUGACAUUAAACAGCAAAAUGGCCCACCAAGAAAACACAUUGUGGAGCGCAAUACGGAGUUUUAUCACAUACCAACUCAUAGUGAUGCCAGCAAGAAGAGACUGAUUGAGGACACUGAAGAUUGGCGUCCACGGACUGGAACGACUCAGUCUCGUUCUUUCCGAAUCCUCGCCCAGAUCACUGGAACUGAGCAUCUGAAAGAAUCGGAUACUGAAAAUACAAAGAAGGCAAACAACACCCACGAGACUUCUCAGCAGUUGUCUCCAUCAGUAGCUUCAGCACGGAGCAUGCCUGAGAGGCAGGAGAGCCCAGCCUCCACCAGACCAGGGAUGGCGGGUCUCACAACUGCUGCUGCCUUUAAGCCUCCAGGACCUACUAAUAUUGUCAAGUCACCAAGCUGGCCACACCCCAACCAAGCAGCACUUUCCACUGGAAGAAUCUCGAACAGUGCAACUUCGUCUGGGGCAGUAGCACCAGCCAACUCAGCAGGGGGACAGCCCCAGCCCGGUGACCAGGACACUUUAGUGCAAAGAGCUGAGCACAUUCCAGCAGGGAAACGAACUCCAAUGUGUGCCCACUGUAACCAGGUCAUCAGGGGACCGUUCCUAGUGGCACUGGGGAAAUCUUGGCAUCCAGAAGAAUUUAACUGUGCUCACUGCAAAAAUACAAUGGCCUACAUUGGGUUUGUAGAGGAGAAGGGAGCCCUGUAUUGUGAGCUGUGCUAUGAGAAAUUCUUUGCUCCUGAAUGUGGGCGAUGCCAAAGGAAGAUCCUCGGAGAAGUCAUCAAUGCUCUGAAACAAACUUGGCACGUUUCCUGUUUUGUUUGUGUGGCCUGUGGAAAACCCAUUCGUAAUAAUGUUUUUCAUUUGGAGGAUGGUGAACCCUACUGUGAGACUGAUUAUUACGCCCUUUUUGGUACCAUAUGCCAUGGCUGUGAAUUUCCCAUAGAAGCUGGCGACAUGUUCCUGGAGGCCCUGGGCUAUACCUGGCAUGACACUUGCUUUGUAUGCUCAGUAUGUUGUGAAAGUUUGGAAGGUCAGACCUUUUUCUCCAAGAAGGACAAGCCGCUUUGCAAGAAACAUGCUCAUUCUGUGAAUUUUUAAAAGUCAACAGUUCAGGGGUGGAGAAGAAAUUUGAAGAGAAAGAGGAGAAUUGGAAUUACCAAUUAAUUUUUAGAUUUAAUAUUUAUGGGAAUUUUGAAAAAUAAUAGUGGCCCUGGAGGGAUAAAUUCCAGCUUUAAAAACCAAGUCUAUGAGGAAAUAUUUGGCUUCAUAAAGUAAAGGGACAGUUUGGCAUUUAUGAUUACUUUUUUCCUGUAUUUUCUGUCCAUGAAAUUUUUACAAAAACCAAUUUCCUGGUUGACUAUUAAAUUCAUCAUAGAAUAAAUAAGUGGAGAAUUAAAUUUUAGAAUAAAACCUCUAACAUCUAUGCUGAAUUAAUGAUACUUUCUUGCCUUGUUAGGUAGUUCUGAGUAAAUCUGUAAAAGGCAAUGAAAAUUGCCUUACACUCUAUCAUUAAAUGUAUUUUUUUUAAAAAUAGUGCUUAUCUUUAAAAGAGGAAAUAGGAGUUUAAACAGAAUUUUAUCAGUAGUAGGUGUCAGUUUUUUAAAAAACUGCUAUGUACUUUUUUAAAUCUUACUGAUCAUUCCAGUGGGAAAACUAGUAAGAUUUUCAUCAAAAUGUGCCAUGCCAAUAAGAGAUGUUAUCUGUUUCUCUUAUCCAGCCCCCCAAAAGCCACCACAUUGCUUACAAAUUUCAAAUUUUUGCCUAUUAUUAAAACAUGACCAUUUCUAUCCAUUGUGUAUAUUUUAUCACCUAUAUUAGUGAAGCUCCCAUUUUUUUCCCCUUCCCUCAUGCUGAGGUCGAGAGAGUGAGUUAGAAUAGAGUGAGGUUAGGAGUUACAGGAAGUCAGAGGACUACAUUCAAAAAAAUUUUUUAAAAUUCUCCCCUUUUCAGACAGUGAAUCCAUUACAUCAGUUUCAGGUUUGUACUACUGACUGAUAAAGGUUUGAGAACUGUCUUUGAAGAAUAAUUUUUUUCUUAGUUCUACAUUAGAAAAGUAAAAUAUUGGCUUGGGGAUGUGAUAAAAAUCUAAGUGUUUUUUUUUUUUUUCUUUCUUUUCUUUUCGUAGUUCUCUCUCAGGAAUAUAUAAAUCACUUCCAAGUGUGAUCACGAUGUUUGGAAAGCUUUUAUUCCAAGAGACUGGUAGUAUAGGAGGGGAACGUGAUCAGUUAUUCAUACUGGCUCAUUAUUUGUUUUCUUUAUUUGGGGAAAAAAUUAUGUAGCCCAUGAAGACAGAGCAACAGUUGUGAAAUUGUGAAUCCUAUUGGUAUUUGCCCAGUGGGAAAACAGAUUAUGACAUUUGAUAGUUUUUCUCUUUGUUUCCAGAAUGGAUGAAAGCCCACAAUCCCACUAAAAAAUACUAAUGUGUCUGGGGUGAGGUGCUUAAAGUUGAGACAGAGCCCAAGUCCUCCUCCCUGCCCCAUAACUCACAAAGGACUUCGUUUCCAUUGUGUGCAUAUUUGUUAUAGAGGGAGGUUUUAGGCUCUGAUAUUUGUUUAACCUCCCUAAGAACUUUUCAAGGCAUCUGUCCUGAAAGUUGUUCAUUUACGGUCUAGCAGAUUUGUAUUAUAUGAAGAUAAUAAUUAACUGAGAGUCAGAGCAUGAGAGGGUGACAAGAAGUGGUUUCACCAGUAGCAACCCUGAACUGCCUUCUCACCCUGCAUCUGUAGGGAGGCAGGAAGUUUUACUUUUGAAAUAAAGUGCUGGAACUGAAUUGUACAUUAUUUCUCAUUGCUGCUGAAACCACCGGUAGCGUCCAUGCUGGCUGAUGUGCGUUAUCACAUAACUUCGUGUCAGCCUCUUGCUUUACACAAUAUAAAGAAAUUGGUGUUUCUGUUUGGAUGUUUAGUAGAGAUGAUUUUUUUUUUUUUUUUUUUUGGUGUUGUUUAGUUUUGCCUUUGUAGAUUCUAUGCCAAGAUAGUAUUUGAAAAGUCAGUGACAUUUGGGUAUUUCCUUUCCAGAAUUUUAUUUGACCGGGAUUUCUUAUUAAGUUAUCUGACAUUAAGGAUGUCAUUUUUAUUAGACUUCUCAUUGUGCACAUUAUUUCAUGGAGCUUAAUGUUGUAUUCCUCUAAAUUUUAUCCCUAAAAAGAUAACAUUGCUUCUUAAUUUAUCAUUUUGUCUUUGUGCUUUGUUCUUCUUCUUUGUGACAAAGCUUUAUAUCUAUUCUAAAUCAGUUAAUCCUGUGAAAUAAGUAUUGACUAUAACCCAGAAGAAUCUCUGUAUUUUCCAGUGGGGAAUGAAUGCUAUAUUUAAUACACCAGCGUUAAUCUUUUAAUAACUGGCAGAGCACUUUAUUCUUCUGGUGAGCUCCCUGAAUAUUUAUUUAUCUGAUUAUAAAUAUUCCAUGUCAGUAGCAUUUUUUUAAUUAUUACCUCUUUACUGUAGAGCAUUUACUUUUAGUAUUUCUUGAUGUAUAUUUUGGAAUGCUGUACUUAGUAUAAUACAGAUUUAAAUUACAGUAUAUGACUCUUAAACAUCUUUACUUGUAUUUCCCAGAUUGAAAAUACUAGCAAUAGCUUCCAGUUUCUAACUUUUCUCUAGACUUAAAAGGGCUGCAUUUUGCCCGCUAGAGUGGCAGCCUAGAGAGGAUCCCUGCCGCUUGUGCUUAGAGUAGCGUACCUAUUUCUUAUUGAUUCAGGCUACAGUUAGAGUCUAAAACUAAAGCCUAGUGAUUUGGUCACAGUAGGAAGACAAACAGAAAUAAGAGUUUAAAUCUUCAAAAUUUAGUGUAGCCUAUCGUUAAAAUUAUCUACAACAAAAUUGUUUUCAUGGUGCCAUUUUUAAGGGGCCGUAUAUUAUUUAUAGAAAAUAAUUCCUUCCUCUCCCUUGUUCAAGUAUGAAUCUGUGUUACAGUCACAGUUUUGUGAGGUUUAGAGCUUUUUUCAUCAUCUCUGUUGAAAGGAAAGGCUUUUCAGACAUAAGGGAAGGGAAAACAAUGAAAAACUUGACCCAAAUCUAGGGCAGUUUCAGUUUGUCAUCUUUCUUCUCCAUAUUUUAAGGUAUUGGGUUUGGAUUCUCAAAGUAUCAUUUGCCUUAUCUGUUAAUCUCUAUUUUCUGUCUCUUUACAUUUGUAUACAUCUGUACUGUUUUGCUUUUGGAUACAUUUUCUAAUUAAAAACCACGUGAGAAAUAUGAUCAGUGUAGUAAUACCUUAAUGUGCACAUGCUGAAUAAAUAAAUGGCUGCAGUGAUAUAAA